CUAAACGCUUAUCUCUGAAUUCUUUUUUGUUUUUAUGUUAAUCACCUUUGUGUUCACCCUGCACCCCUUAGUGAAAGGGGUGAGACUUGAAAUGGAGAAGCCUCAAUAUAUGUUCUAACAAACAGUCUUUAGUUUUUCUUUGUCUUGAUUUAUUGUUCAAAUCUGUUGUCUGAACAAAUUCAGGUGAAGAAUCAUGCCUCAGUUGAAGCAGAUUAGAGACCCUGAGCAAAAGCAUGUGAUCUCCAAGAGAAUUACAAGGGGAGGAUCAACGAAUAAUCAAAAGGACUUUAGUGUUGAAGAAACAACAGAUAAGAGUGUGGGAAAGCGGAGGCAGGGGAGGAGAAAAGGGAAAGGAAAUUUUUUGGAGAGGACACCAUUAAUGUUAGAGGAUUCAAAAGAAGAGAUUUUAUGUGGGUUAUCUUCGUCUUCCGAGAAAAGGCUCAUGUUCCCUCGCAGGCCUGGUUAUGGUCAACUGGGUACCAAAUGUGUGGUAAAAGCAAACCACUUUCUAGCUGAGUUGGCUGAUAUGGAGUUAACCCAAUACAGUCAGGUUAAGGUGAUUCCGGAAGUGAACUCCACCAAAUUGAACAAGGCAAUUAUGACUCAGUUAGUGAAAGUUCAUAGAAACACAGAUUUGGGGAUGAAGCUCCCUGUUUAUGAUGGAAGAAGAGCGCUUUAUACAGCUGGGAGACUUCCCUUUACAUCAAAAGGAUUCACAGUUACAUUAGUAGACGACUUGGACUGGAUUGGUAUUACAAAGGAAAGGCAAUUUAAAGUGACUAUUGAGUUUGCUGCUCAUGCUAGUAUGUGUCAAUUGCACGAGCUUCUCUCUGGAAAACAAGUUGACACUCCUCUAGAGGCCCUUAAGAUAGUUGAUCUAGUCUUGAAGGAGCUUACAGCUCAACGGUAUAUAUCUGUUGGGAGAUUUUUCUAUUCUCCAAACAUUACCAAUCCGAAGCCAAUAGGUUGCGGACUACAAUCAUGGCGAGGCUUCUACCAGAGUAUAAAACCCACCCAGAUGGGAUUAUCACUAAAUAUUGACACAUUGGCAACAACAUUUAUAGAACCACUCCCCGUCAUCGAAUUUGUAGCUGAAAUUUUGGGAAAACAAGUGUAUACAAAGCAAAUUUCUGAUGCAGAUAGAAUAAAGAUAAAAAAAGCUCUUAGAGGUGUCAAAGUUGAAGUUACACACAGAGGAAAUGUGCGAAGGAAAUAUCGCAUCUCAGGGGUGACAUCACAACCAACAAGGGAGCUAAUGUUUCCGGUUGAUGAGGAAAGGAACAUGAAAUCAGUGGUUGACUAUUUCCGUGAGGUGUAUGGAUUUACGAUACAGCAUGCCCACCUGCCUUGCCUUCAAGUGGGAAAUCAGAAAAAAGUGAAUUACAUGCCCAUGGAGGCUUGCAAGAUUGUUGAGGGACAAAGGCGCACAAAGGGACUGAACAAUAAGCAGAUUACUUCUUUGCUAAAAUUUUCAUGCCAGAGGCCCAAGGAACAGGAAAAGGAAAUACUACAGACAAUGCACCAAAGUAGCUUUAAAGAAGAUCCCUAUGCAAAGGAAUUUGGCAUCAGUAUUGAUGACAGACUUACAUCAGUUGAUGCCCGAGUUCUUCCUGCCCCAUGGUUGAAGUACCAUGAUAGUGGAAAACAGAAAGAAGUUUUACCUCAACUUGGCCAAUGGAACAUGAAAGAUAAGAAAGUGAUAAACGGAAGCGUUGUUAACUACUGGGCUUGUAUCAACUUCUCACGAACUGUCCCAGAUAGCGCAGCUCAAAGUUUUUGUCAUCAGUUGGUCCAAAUGUGCCAAGAAUCUGGCAUGGAAUUCAAAUGUGAUAGCGUUGUUCCAGUAUACUCAGCAAGACCAGAUCAGGUAAAGAAGGCUCUGAAGCAUGUCUAUACGACCACUGUAAAUAAAUGCGGAGGAAAAGAGCUGGAAUUGCUUAUUGCAAUCCUCCCUGACAACAAUGGCAGUUUGUAUGGGGAUGUGAAAAGGAUAUGUGAAACGGAUCUGGGGUUAAUUUCACAAUGCUGUCUUACGAAAUAUGUUCUAAAGAUCAGCAAACAGUAUCUGUCAAACGUCUCGCUCAAAAUUAAUGUCAAGAUGGGAGGAAGGAAUACUGUGCUAUUGGAUGCCUUAAGAUGGAAGGUCCCUCUGGUUAGUGAUAUCCCAACAAUAAUUUUUGGAGCCGAUGUAACUCAUCCAGAGUCUGGAGAGGAUAGUAAUCCAUCAAUUGCCGCGGUUGUUGCCUCGCAAGACUGGCCAGAAGUUACAAAGUAUGCCGGGCUUGUGAGUGCUCAACCUCACAGGCAAGAACUUAUUCAGGACUUGUAUAAAACUUGGCAAGAUCCCCAACGUGGAAAAGUUAACGGAGGCAUGAUCAGAGAGCUUUUGCUAUCUUUUGAGAAGGCAACAGGGAAAAAACCACUGAGGAUCAUUUUCUAUAGGGAUGGUGUAAGUGAUGGGCAGUUCUAUCAGGUCCUACUCUAUGAACUUGAUGCAAUUCGUAAGGCCUGUGCUUCUCUAGAACCUAAUUACCAGCCUCCAGUGACAUUCAUCGUUGUCCAAAAACGCCAUCACACACGGCUCUUUCCAAGCAACCACAAUGAUAGAAAAAGCACCGACAAGAGUGGCAACAUAUUACCCGGUACGGUGGUGGACACAAAGAUUUGUCAUCCAGUUGAGUUUGACUUCUAUCUUUGCAGUCAUGCUGGAAUUCAAGGAACUAGCAGGCCGGCUCAUUAUCAUGUUCUAUGGGAUGAGAACAGUUUCACGGCUGAUGAAAUUCAGUCUCUAACGAAUAAUCUCUGCUACACCUAUGCUAGGUGCACACGAUCCGUUUCUGUCGUCCCACCUGCAUAUUACGCUCAUCUGGCUGCAUACCGAGCACGAUUCUAUAUGGAACCUGAAGUUCACCAUGACAACGGAUCCGUGCACAGCAUGUGCAUGGUUAAAGGUGCAGGUGUUCGUCCCCUUCCGGCAUUGAAAGAGAAGGUAAAGAAGGUGAUGUUUUAUUGUUAGGUAGGCCUAGUUUGAAAAUUUUAGGGUAGCAUUAGAUGAAUAUGUUGUACUGUUAGUUUUGUACAGAAAUGAACAUGCAUUGAACAUUUUUGCUACUGCAAAUAGGUUUUCGUUUA